CUUGCGAUGAUUUAUGAUCCAACACUUGGUAAAUCAAUGCAAGCGUGGUCGUUUUCAUCCCUCCAAAGCCCUCACAUUUUCCCCGUCAGCUUAUCCCCUUCGCCUCUCCGCCCGCCCAAGAUCAAGGGAAACAUCUGGCGCAAGGAGGCGGCUUUGCGCUAUCAUGGAUCUCUCACUCCUACUUCCCUCCCCUUCCUCUGCUUCUCGCCAGCUCCUCUUUUCCCCCUUUAGUCCAAAUCCUCUCCGCGUCCAGUCCCUCAAAAUCCCUCGCACUUCCCUCCGCUACCGUUUCCGACUCUCCGCCGUCACAGAGGCGGAGGAGGCAGUUUCCUCCGGCAAGCCCCCAGUGUUCGGCUCCCCAAAGGAGCUAACGGUGCCGCAGAAGUUUGUGGAUGCUUUGCCGCCGCCGGCGAGGUUGGCGAGUUAUGUUGUGUUUACUGGGGCAGCUCUGGCUGCGGGGUUUGGAUUAGGGCUUCGCUUUGGAGGUAGCAAGACUGUGGGGAUUGGAGGAGCUGCUGCGCUCGGUGUUGCUGCUGGGGCUGCCGUUUAUGCUAUCAAUUCGACUGUUCCGGAGGUUGCAGCGGUGAAUCUGCAUAAUAUUGUGACUGGUUAUGAUGACCCUACGGAGCUCAAGAAGGAGGAGAUUGAAGCCAUUGCUGAAAAAUAUGGUGUCAGCAGACAAGAUGAGGCCUUCAGAGAAGAACUGCGUGAUUUGUACAGUAGGUUUGUAUCAUCCGUUCUCCCAUCCGGAGCUGAAAAUUUAAAGGGCAACGAGGUUGAGAGAAUCAUCAAAUUCAAAAAUGCUCUUGGAAUUGAUGAUCCUGAUGCUGCGUCUGUCCACAUGGAGAUUGGAAGGCAUAUUUUUAGGCAACGUUUGGAAACGGGAGACCGUGAAGCUGAUGUAGAGCAGCGUCGCGCAUUUCAAAAGCUUGUGUAUGUUUCCACUCUCGUCUUCGGUGAAGCCUCUAAAUUUCUUCUUCCUUGGAAGCGUUUAUUCAAAGUCACAGAUGCUCAGGUCGAUAUUGCCAUACGUGACAAUGCUCAGAGACUUUUUGCUGUGAAAUUAAAUUCUGUUGGCAAAGAGAUUAACGAGACAGGACUUUUUGAGUUGAGGUCUGCACAGCUCUUAUAUCGUCUUUCUGACGAGAUUGCUGCCGAAAUGUUUAGAGAACACACCAGAAAACUAGCAGAGGAAAACAUCUCCACUGCACUUGAUCUCUUGAAAUCUCGAAUACAAGCGGGAAGAACCACUCGGGUUAUGGAAGAGAUUGAGAAGGUUUUGGCGUUAAAUGAUUUACUCACACGCUUAAGCAAACAUCCUGAGUAUAAUAGUUUUGUCCCUGGCGUUGGUCCAAUUUCCUUAUUAGGUGGAGAGUAUGACAGUGACAGAAAAAUUGAUGAUUUAAAAUUGCUUUAUAGAACAUAUGCUGCUGAAUGUUUUCCAAAUGGACGCCUGGAGGAACAGAAGCUUUUGGUUUUGAACCAAUUGAAGAACAUAUUUGGUUUAGGGAAUCGUGAAGCAGAUGCAAUACUGCUAGAUAUUACUGUUAAGGCCUAUCGUAAGCGGCUUUCUCAAGCUGUUUCUAGUGGUGAAUUGGAUGCAGCUUCAAGCAAAGCUGCCUUUCUGCAAAAUCUUUGUGAUGAACUUCAUUUUGAUCCACAAAAGGCUAGCGAGAUACAUGAAGAAAUUUACAGGCAAAAGCUACAGCAGUCUGUUGCUGAUGGUGAGCUUAGCGAGGAAGAAGUUUCUUCUCUUCUUCGCAUCAGAGUUCUUCUCUGUAUUCCUCAAGAAACUGUUGAUGCAGCACAUGCCGAUAUCUGUGGUCGUUUAUUCGAGAAGGUUGUUAAAGAUGCAAUUUCAUCAGGAGUUGACGGUUAUGAUGCCGACAUCCGCGCUUCUGUGAGAAAAGCUGCUCAGGGUUUACGACUAACAAAGGAAUCUGCCAUGGCUAUUGCUAGCAAGGCGGUCCGCAAGGUUUUUCUAAAUUAUGUGCAACGUUCAAGAGCGGCUGGCAAUCGAACUGAAGCUGCAAAAGAGCUUAAGAAAAUGAUAGCAUUUAAUACCUUAGUUGUCACUGAACUAAUAUCCGACAUCAAAGGAGAGCCCAUUACAGAGGAACCAAUUGAAGUUGAGGUCAAGCAAGCUGAGGAAGAAGAUGAUGAGUGGGAAUCACUGCAAACAUUGAGAAAGUCAAAACCAAACAAAGAUCUCCAAGCAAAACUUGGAAAGGGAGGUCAAACUGAAAUAAAUUUGAAGGAUGAUCUCCCCGAAAGGGAUAAAACUGACCUCUAUAGAACAUACCUUCUCUUCUGUCUUUCAGGAGAAGUCACCGUUGUUCCUUUUGGUGCUCAGAUAAUCACAAAAAAGGAUAACUCUGAAUAUAUCUUAUUAAAUCAGCUCGGUGGAAUCCUUGGAUUAACUGGUAAAGAAAUAGUGGAAGUUCAUAGAAAUUUGGCUGAACAGGCAUUCAUGAAGCAGGCAGAGGUGAUUCUCGCUGAUGGACAGUUGACUAAAUCGAAAAUUGAUCAGCUCAGUGAGGUCCAAAAGCAGGUUGGAUUGCCUGCAGAAUAUGCACAGAAAGUAAUUAAGAACAUAACCACGACAAAAAUGGCUGCCGCGAUUGAGACGGCGGUUAGUCAAGGGAGGAUUGGAAUACAACAGGUUCGCGAAUUGAAAGAGGCGAAUGUUGAUUUAGAUAGCAUGAUCUCGGAGCGUUUGCGCGAGAAUCUGUUCAAGAAAACCGUUGAGGAAAUUUUUUCGUCUGGUACAGGAUUGUUUGAUGAGGAAGAUGUGUAUGUGAAAAUCCCCUCUGAUCUUAAUAUUGAUGCUGAUAAAGCGAAAGGAGUUGUUCAGGAUAUUGCGCAGCAUAGAUUAUCGAAUUCGCUGAUUCAGGCUGUGGCUUUGCUUCGACAGAGGAAAAGAGAUGGAGUGGUUGCUUCACUGAAUGACAUGUUAGCUUGCGAAGCCGCCGUAGCUUCGGAGCCCUUAUCUUGGUCUUCACCGGAGGAGCUUGCUGAUCUAUAUUGUGUGUAUCUGAAGAGCAUUCCUAAGAGAGAAAGGCUGGAUAGAUUACAAUAUCUUCUGGGAAUCAGUGAUUCUACUGCUGCAGCACUCAGAGAUACAGCUGAAAGGGGAGCACUGCCCAUGGGUAAUGAGGAAGAAGAGAUUGUCUUUUAGGUUUUUUUUCAAAUUUUGUAGUGAUUUUAUUUCAGUAGAUUUCAGGAGAUCUAAGGAAAUACAUGUCUGUGGAGAGAAGAUUGUGUUUUAAGUUUGUUUUUAUAUAUGUUGUAGAAUGUUUUGUUGUUUAAUGAACUUUGGGAGAUUUCAAUUGA